AGGGAUCAUAAAAUAAUUCUCUUAUGUUUUUUACUUCAGAGGACGCGCGAGUCCUCGCCGCGACGAGCUUUUAUAAAUUUCGAGAUUUGACGGCACAGCAGCUUUGAUGCCUUGAGAUCUCAGAUUUCAUGAGCUUGGCAGCGUUCCAGCAGGGGAGCAAGAAGGCUCUAGCAGAAUAAAAUGUGAUUGGCGGUGGGUGUUUUACUCUAAAAGUGAAUGACCACAAGUUUCUCUUCUUUAUGCCAUGCACUGGAUGUUCUCCUCAUCUGGGCUUGGGACCAAAGGAUACAAGUUCUAUUCAAGGACGCUGCUUUUCUAUGCGUGGAAACAUUUUCUCGGAAUUUGAAACAUUUUCCCAGAAUUUUGAAGCCUCGGUUUCAGCAGCUCAUCACUUAACUACAUCACAAAUUGGUAUUUUAUUGUUCUAGCAAUGCGCCACGGAAGAACACUUUCUUCUUCGGCGGCUGCUGGUGCGGGUGUUAAACUUGGAGAUAUGCUUUUAGUGGCCUCCAUUUCGAGAACACUAUCUGAGCGCGGGACUCGGAGCCCUGACCUCGAGUCCAUUCCAAUAUCGGAGUCUCUUGUUGUGCAAAUUCUUGGGAGAAAUUCGCUUGAUGUCUCCAGGAAGGUGGAGUUUUUCAGGUGGUGUUCUUUCAGGCAUAAUUACAAACAUUCGGUGGGCGCUUACUCUGACAUUUUCCGAAUUGUGUGCAGAGCCGGGGCUGAGUUUCUGGACCAAGUCCCGCUCCUGAUGAGCUCCAUGAAGGAUGAUGGAGUGGUUGUUGGCCAGGAAACCUUCAAACUCCUGCUUGAUUCUCUUAUUCGGGCGGGUAAAUUUGAUUCGGCACUUGAAAUUCUUGAUCACAUAGAGGAAUUGGGGACUGGCCUGAACUCCUAUGUGUAUGACUCUGUUCUUGUUGCUUUAAUUAGAAAAAACCAAUUGGGUUUGGCCUUGCCCCUCUUUUUCAAGCUAUUGGGUGGUGAUGAAGGACAGGGAGGUGUCCCGGUUCCUGAAUCCAAUGCCUGUAAUCAGUUGUUGGUUGCUCUGAGAAAAGCAGACAUGAAAAUUGAGUUCAGAAAUGUGUUUGAAAAAUUGAGAGCAAAGAAGGAUUUUGACUUGGAUACACAGGGUUACAACAUAUGCAUACAUGCAUUUGGGUGUUGGGGUGAUCUGGGUACUGCUCUGAACCUCUUCAAAGAGAUGAAGGAUAAGAGCUUGAAUUCUAGUUCUUUUGGCCCUGAUUUGUGCACUUAUAAUAGUCUGAUUCGUGUGCUGUGCUUGGUCGGGAAGGUGAAAGAUGCUCUCAUUGUUUGGGAGGAAUUGAAAGGGUCUGGGCAUGAGCCUGAUGCUUUCACUUACCGAAUCCUUAUUCAAGGGUGCUCUAAAUCAUAUAGAAUGGAUGAUGCGAUGAGGAUAUUCAAUGAGAUGCAGUAUAAUGGAUUCUGUCCAGAUACCAUUGUUUAUAAUACUCUACUGGAUGGGCUAUUUAAAGCCAGGAAAGUUAUGGAAGCUUGCCAAGUGUUUGAGAAGAUGGUUGAGGAUGGGGUAAGGGCAUCGUGUUGGACUCAUAAUAUUGUGAUUUGUGGCUUGUUCAGGAAUGGGAGGGCUGCAGCAGGUUACACUCUAUUUUGUGACUUGAAAAAGAAGGGGAAGUUUGUGGAUGGAAUCACGUAUAGCAUUGUUGUGUUGCAGCUUUGUAGGGAGGGGCAACUUGAGGAAGCACUGCAGUUGGUGGAGGAAAUGGAGGCUAGAGGGUUUGUUGUUGAUCUUGUUACCAUAACAUCCCUCUUGAUUGGAUUCCAUAAGCAAGGUAGGUGGGAUUGGACAGAGAGGCUCAUGAAGCACAUUAGGGAUGGUAAUCUAGUACCAAAUGUCCUCAACUGGGAAGCCAAUAUGGAGGCUUAUAUGAAAGCCCCACAAAGCCGAAGAAAAGAUUAUACACCAAUGUUCCCAUCUGAUGGUAACUUGAGUGAAAUCAUGAGUUUAAUUAGUUCUGCUGACACGGGGAUGGAUGGCAGCCCUGGUUCAGAAGAGGAUGUGGCUCAACAUGAGGAUCAGUGGUCAUCAUCCCCAUAUAUGGAUCAAUUGGCCAGUCAAUUGAAGUCCAAUGAUGUUUCUUCUCAACUGUUCUCAUUAUCCAGAGGGCAACGAGUCCAGGCAAAAGGGAUAGACUCAUUUGACAUUGAUAUGGUCAAUACUUACCUAUCAAUAUUCUUGGCCAAAGGAAAGCUGAGCUUAGCCUGCAAGUUGUUUGAGAUAUUUAGCAAUAUGGGUGUCGACCCUGUGAUUUACACCUACAAUUCCAUGAUGACUGCGUUUGUCAAGAAGGGCUAUUUCAAUGAGGCAUGGGGCGUUUUUCAUGAAAUGGGAGAGAAGGUCUGCCCACCAGACAUAGCAACAUACAAUGUGAUAAUUCAAGGCUUGGGGAAGAUGGGAAGAGCAGAUCUAGCUAGUGCUGUUCUCGAUAUGCUAAUGAAGCAAGGUGGAUAUCUUGACAUUGUGAUGUAUAAUUCACUGAUUAAUGCUCUCGGGAAGGCUGGGCAGAUUGAUGAAGCAACCAAGCUUUUUGAGCAAAUGAGGAGCAGUGGGAUAAAUCCCGAUGUUGUCACUUUUAAUACACUUAUUGAAAUUCAUGCCAAGGCAGGUCAACUAAAGGCUGCAUACAAGUUCUUAAAAUUGAUGUUGGAUGCUGGAUGCUCCCCCAAUCAUGUUACAGACACAACCCUGGAUUUUCUGGGGAAGGAGAUUGACAAGUUGAGGUACAAAAAAGCAUCAAUCAUACGCACUAGUAAAGAUGAUUCUUCUUGAAGAGGAAUUUUGUGGGCAAGGUUGAUCCAGGGUUUUGCUGGAUUUGUUGGGGAUGUGACAGCCUUACAAUGGAGUUUGGAGCUUAAGGUAUGAUCUUCUCUUUGGUUGGGCUCUCAGUACCAAUUCCUGAUUCAGAGUUUGCAAUUACCAUGAUCCAGAAUGUCAUUGAAGAAAUACAUCCUCCCAUAGCCAUCACAGAGGAUUGCAAACAGCCAACCUUAGGUUGAUGGCAAUGGAAAAUCAUGCAUACGCUCAGGGAAGCAAACAACAGAGCUGGUGCCUUAGCCAAACAUGGGCGCUGCUACAAAUGUCACCAUGGAAAAUUUUGCCGAACCGCCAUGUCUGUAAGAGCUGCUGAUGGCUUGCCUUCAAGGAUUGACCUGUUUGAGGCUUUGCUGGUCUUGCUCCUGUUACAAAGAAACAAAAACUUAAAUGACAAGAAUAAUAAUAAUGUUGCUUGUACCACAAACUGGCAAGACUGAUUACAAAGAACAUUUGAAUUUGAUUUGACAAUAAUGUUAACAUAUAUUAUCUUUGCGCAAUCUAA